UCUUCAAUGUUAUUCAAUAAUAUUUGAUGAAAUUCACUUUGUUUUUUCAAGAAUGAACAACCUUAGCCUUGACAAAACCUUAACAACCAACCCCUUCUUGUCAGUUUCAUCUUUACACCAUUCAAGAACCUCACAAUCCCUUUCUUUAUCCAAAAAAUCCAAUAAAGUACUUGUCUUUUCUGAUAAACAUGAUAAUUCAAGCUCAAUAACAAAUGAGUUCUUGACAAGAACUCAUUUUUUCUCCAAAAAAACUGGUGUUUUUGCUUGUAAAGAUGAUAAUUCAAGCUUAAUAACAAGUGGGGUGUUUUCAAGAACUCAUUUUUCCUCCAAAAAAUUUGCUGUUUUUUCUGCUAAAGAUGAUAAUUCAAGGUCAAUAACAAGUGGGGUUUUUUCAAGAACUGUUUUUUCCACCAGAAAGACAAAGAAAGUUAUUGUUUUUGCUUCUAAAGAUGAUAGUAAUAGUAGUAAUAAGCUUGACCAAUGGGACCAAAUGGAACUUAAGUUUGGUAGAUUGAUUGGUGAAGACCCAAAAUUGACCUUAGCUAAGGUUUAUUUUUCUCCUUUAAACUUGGGUGGGGGUGGGUGGGGGGUGGAAGGGGGGAAGGUGGGUGGGGGGGAGGGGGGUGGGUUUGGGGGGUGGUGGGGGGGGAGGUUUCUGGCAAAAUCACCCAUUAAGGAACACGAAGAUAAUGACUGGGUAAGAGCUGAGGAGCUUGUUAAGAGCGGAGGAAGAGACGAAGUGGAACUAGUCAGCUGUAGCACCAGAGGCUUUGUUGUAUCUUUUGGUUCCUUGAUAGGAUUUUUGCCAUACCGCAAUCUAGCAGCCAGGUGGAAAUUCUUAGCCUUUGAAUCUUGGUUGAGGCAAAAAGGCUUAGAUCCAUCCCUGUACAAGCAAGGUUUGGGUAUCAUUGAUGGUUUUGGCAAGGCAGCUUCUCCUGAGGCGGGAAUAGAUCCACAAGUUGCUAAAAAUGGUGAUCAGGAGAUCUCACCAGACAUGAAACUUGAAGAUCUUCUCAGGAUUUAUGACCAAGAGAAACUCAAGUUCUUAUCAUCGUUUGUUGGUCAGAGGAUCAGAGUAAGUGUGGUGUUGGCUGACAGAAAUUCCAGAAGGCUAAUAUUUUCGAUAAAGCCAAAAGAAAAGGAAGAAUUGGUUGAGAAGAAGAGAAGCCUUAUGGCAAAACUUCAAGUCGGGGAUGUGGUAAAAUGUUGCAUACAAAAAAUUACCUACUUCGGUAUAUUUGUUGAGGUUGAAGGAGUACCUGCCCUAAUUCACCAGACAGAAGUCUCAUGGGAUGCCACUCUAGACCCUGUGUCAUAUUUUAAAAUUGGCCAGAUUGUGGAGGCAAAAGUUCACCAGUUAGACUUUUCACUUGAGCGCAUCUUUUUGUCGUUGAAGGAAAUAACGCCAGAUCCCAUGAUGGAGGCGUUGGAGGCUGUUGUUGGUGAUCAUGAUAAUUUGAAUGGAAAACUCCAAGCAGCAGAUCAAGAUACUGAGUGGCCGGACGUGGAAUCACUUAUCAAAGAAUUACAGCAAGUCGAAGGUAUCUCCUCUGUGUCAAAAGGGCGGUACUUCUUGAGCCCUGGUUUGGCUCCAACAUUUCAGGUUUAUAUGGCAUCCAUGUUUGAGAAUCAAUACAAGUUACUUGCUCGGUCAGGAAAUAAAGUACAAGAGGUGAUAGUGGAAACAUCAUUGGGUAAAGAGGAAAUGAAAUCUGCAAUUCAAUCUUGUACAGAUAAAGUUGAAUAACCUAUCAAAUCAAAUAACAAUAAUAAGAAGAAAGUGACCAAUCUUUCUGUGGAGGCAGCCAACGGAUGGUAAAGCUUUGAAACCGGACUAGCAGAAGUUGAAGUUAUAACAGCAGAUGCGAAGAAGAGAAAUGACCGAGGAGGUAUCCUAUUCCGAACACAAAUGCUAUCGAUUUAUCGUUUAGGUCUUCGAGAAUCUGGUGAGCUGAUAGUGAAUUCUGGCCAUUCUCAUGUUGCAUUUUUGAUCCUGGUUAUGACCAUGGAUUAUGUCAACAAAAUAUUUUUGGUUAUUUUUCUUCUCUUAUGUUUGUUAAUAUAUAUAUAUUUCUCUUUUCUGAUGAGUUAGGAGCUUAUGCAAGGUCUAUGACAUAUUGUAUGUGUACACGUCAACGCGAUCAAUCAAUUACACUUCGAUUCCAAAUAAGUUGAAGUCGGUUAUAUGAA